AAGUGACCUGGUUUCUCGAUCAACUAUCCCUGAAUUGACACGUACUCGUGCUAAGUACAAACACCUACAACUUGGCCACUGAUCUUCGAUGGUUUCAAACGGCUCGUGCGUGAUUGGCUGGGAGAAACCCACUUACUCGCAAAACGACCGAGAAUGCAUCUCGGCGGAAAACCCUCUAAUGAUUAACAGAAUGAGAGCUAUGUCACAAGUACGUGUUGUACCUUGAUUUCUAGUCAGACCAAUACUAGAUUCACCUUUGCCAAGUUGCCUGAGACCUUCUUGGCUCUAUCAUGACCUUGCUGAUCUUCCACGCUUUGUUACGUUACCUCAGGGUUUACGCUCAAUUUAAGUCUCGAGCUGAGUUGCUGGGUCUUGCAUUACUGCUCAGUGUACAUCGAUACACUACUAUGUCACAGACAGUGUGGAGAGUCGUUUGCACUAUCCUUCAGGUCUUGGGUGUUCUGAUUACUAUCCUGCGGCUCGGAUAUCGUGUGUGGACACGAAUGCUCUGGGUGGAGGACAUGUGGGCUUUCGUAGCGCUUGUAUGCGGGGUGACCUCAUUGAUUGCUGGAUGGAAAAUCUCCUAUACUGAUGGCGGCCAGUCGGCAGGUUCGUGGGUGUACGGGUUUGCCUUUCCAUCAGCUAUCUGGGCAGUCCGACAAAACAUUCUAUUUUCUGUGGCACGGAUUUUCUGGUCCGCCAGGUCCUUGCGCCUAAAGGUCAUUGGAAUAGCCCUCGCUUUCCUGGUGUUGUAUGGCGCUUUAGUGGCGCAGAGAGCUUGGCAAUACGGCCACGAUCUUGAUUGGUACGAUGAUUGGUACAAUCACCCCGACGAGAAUGAGCAGGAACAUGUGUAUUUGACCCAUCCCGUGAUUAUUUUUGAGUUGAUAACAAACUGCGUUUCUGAUACAAUCGUUGUAUCAUUCGCCUCGCAACUUCUAUGUGGCAUAAGGCUUCCCGCGAAGGAACGAAUCAUGAUAAUGACAGCGAUGUCGACCAGUAUCAUUGUGAUGAUCUUCUCGAUUUUCCAAGCUGUCUGCCAACUCAACCAUAUCAGGAGUAUCUGGAGAAUCGCAACUGAUCUUGAGCUCGCAGUUGCGCUCAUUACAUGCAACCUUCUGGCGGCUACAACCUAUAUCUAUGGGACCGUGACUCGUCGUAGACGUAGUGUUUCCGAAUCAAAAUCUGAUUCGGACAUAGUGUUCUCCCAAAACAGCAGUCUUGACGGAAGAGGACAAUUGGUUACCGUUGACCUAGCUGGUUACAGUGGGGAUGGUCAGUCUGCAAGUCAAGCAGAGCCAUAGGAUAUGGUUACUUGCACGCACUUCUGCUGGCAGGGCAGAUUCAACGGCAAAACGAUAUAAUAUAUAUCAUACAAGCGGCGACCUUCGGUCGUUCCUUUAUUACAAAGGCAGGCUUUUGUACAAUGUAUUUGCACCGAUUUCUCUUCGUUUCCUCUUGAAACUCGACGGCUUUUGAUACGGGAACCAAUGAGCAAAAGGAUCUGUUCUGAAUU